CGCGGCCAUUUCCGCUCCUCUGUCCGUGCGGCUUUCCGACUCCGCCGACUUCGGCUGCUGUUGGAGAGUGGCGAGCCAACGUGACCGCAGCCAUGACUGAGGCUGAUGUAAAUCCAAAGGCUUAUCCCCUUGCAGAUGCCCACCUCACCAAGAAACUGUUGGACCUUGUUCAGCAGUCAUGUAACUACAAGCAACUUCGGAAAGGAGCCAAUGAGGCCACCAAAACUCUCAACAGAGGCAUCUCUGAGUUCAUUGUGAUGGCUGCAGAUGCUGAACCUCUGGAGAUCAUCCUGCACCUCCCACUGCUAUGUGAAGACAAGAAUGUGCCCUAUGUGUUUGUGCGUUCCAAGCAGGCCCUAGGGCGGGCUUGUGGGGUUUCCAGGCCUGUCAUUGCCUGUUCUGUCACCAUCAAAGAAGGCUCUCAACUGAAGCAGCAGAUCCAGUCCAUUCAGCAGUCUAUUGAAAGGCUCUUAGUCUAAACCUGUGGCCGGCCUCUGCCCUGCUCUCCCCACCAACCCAGGUUGUGUAUCAUAUUGUCUGUCUUAGCAUGUAGUCAGCGGCUUUCUAUUAUAAAGUAUUGUACUAAAUCUGUUUUCUGGAUUUUUGUAUUGUUUUGUUUCACAUCUCCCCUUCUACCCUCAGCCGUUCUUUUACUUUCCCUUUUGAAAAAUGAGCCAGUACCCAAAACAGAUAGCAGAAUUGUGGCACCUAAGGCAGGAAGAGCCAGUAGCAACUUGCCUGAGCCAGGAGAGGCAUCUGUUGCAGCUUUCAUCCACUCGCUCCCAAGUGUGCAGGAUGGGAUGAGAAUGGACCCUGGCCACUCUGACUUAAGAUCCCUUGUGCCUGGCAUACAGACUCUCUGUACAUGUUAUCAUGAUGUCCUUCUCUCACCUACUCUCCCCUCAAGAUUAUGUGUCAUUUUGGGAGGAAGCAGGUGUUCUUUGAAGUUGUUGGGCUUAUGUCCCGUGUGCUUUUGGUAAUGUGAUGUUAAAUUCUUGCCCCAGCUACACCCUGAGGGUGACAGAGCAGCAGCAUAGCUGCAGGAUUCCAAAGACAACAUGGGUGAGUGGGCAUGGGGGACAAUCGACCUGGAUCUCGGAAGAGUCAGGAGUGGCAAGGGAAAAAGUGUCAUCUGGUGCUGGAAUGAGGGAUUCUGGGGAAAUCAUGGAGACCUGGCUGGAAGCUACAGAGAGAUGAUGGGAUCCAGGAAGCAUCCUCUUUGAAUGGAAUUUCUUCAGUGGCCACUUAGCACCAGCUCUGGAGCCCUCACCCAUUUCCUGCCACAACAUGGUCAGAUAUUCUUUGUCCCAGAGUGUUCAUUCUUGAGCAUACUAAUAAAAAACAUAUAUUCAUA